AUUGUCAAUAGUAACAGUGAGAAGAACACACAAAAUGAGGGUUCUUGUAGAGAAGCUGUUAGUCUCUGUGUUUUUAGCAGCAUUCUAUUCAGGGUGCAUGGUCGUGUCUCUAGAAUAUGAUCACACGGCAAGCAUCGAGUGCCUUGGCGACCCAAUGAAACCCUUGUACAAGGGCGGCAUUGUCCAGAACAGCGAGUUCAACAGCGGACUGAUGGGCUGGUCGACACACCGGAACGUCAAGGCCGGCGUGAGCAGAUCGCCGUCCGGCAACAAGUUUGCAGUGGUGCAUGGGGCGGGAAGCUACGUGAGCAGCAGCGGCAAGCUCCUACCGUCCCACAGCGUGUACCAGAGAAUCCAGAUGCAGAGCGACAGGCACUACUCGCUAUCAGCAUGGCUGCAGGUGUCGAACGGCACGUCGGCACAUGUGAGGGCGGUGAUCAAGUCCCCCAACGGCGAACGCGUCAUCGCUGGUGCCAUCGUUGCCCAGUCGGGCUGCUGGAGCAUGCUCAAGGGAGGCAUGACCGCUUACUCUUCGGGACCCGCAGAGAUCUACUUUGAGAGCCACGCACCAGUUGACAUCUGGGUGGACAGUGUCUCGCUGCAGCCCUUCACCUUCGACGAGUGGGACGGUCACACCCGCCGCUCCGCCGACAAGGUCCGCCGGCGAACCGUGAAGGUGGUCGCCAUGGGCGCCAACGACAAGCCGAUGGCGCAUGCCAACGUGAGCAUCGAGCUCCUCCGCCUCGGCUUCCCGUUCGGCAACGCGGUCACCAAGGAGAUCCUCGGCCUCCCGGCAUACGAGAAGUGGUUCACGUCGCGCUUCAGCGUGGCCACCUUCGAGAACGAGAUGAAGUGGUACAGCACCGAGUGGACCCAGAACCAUGAGGACUACCGCGUUCCGGACGCCAUGAUGAACCUGAUGCGCAAGUACAAGAUCAAGGUGCGCGGGCACAACGUGUUCUGGGACGACCAGAACUCGCAGAUGCAGUGGGUGAAGCCCCUCAACCUUGCGCAGCUCAAGGCAGCCAUGCAGAAGCGGCUCAAGUCCGUCGUGUCACGCUACGCCGGCAAGGUCAUCCACUGGGACGUGGUGAACGAGAACCUGCACUUCAACUUCUUCGAGACGAAGCUGGGCCCCAUGGCGUCGGCACAGAUCUACCAGCAGGUGGGGCAGCUGGACCGCAAUGCCAUCCUAUUCAUGAACGAAUUCAACACGCUGGAGCAGCCCGGCGAUCCCAACCCUGUGCCCGCCAAGUACGUGGCCAAGAUGAACCAGAUCCGCGGCUACGCCGGCAACGGUGGCCUCAAGCUCGGCGUCGGCCUCGAGAGCCACUUCAGCACACCCAACAUCCCGUACAUGAGGAGCUCGCUGGACACGCUCGCCAAGCUGAAGCUGCCCAUGUGGCUCACCGAGGUGGAUGUCGUCAAGAGCCCCAACCAGGUCAAGUACCUGGAGCAGGUGCUCAGGGAAGGCUUCGCCCACCCCAACGUCGACGGCAUCGUCAUGUGGGCAGCGUGGCAUGCCAGGGGCUGCUACGUCAUGUGCCUCACGGACAACAGCUUCAAGAACCUCCCCGUGGGCGACCUCGUCGACAAGCUCAUCGCCGAGUGGAAGACGCACCGCGCGUCCGCCACCACCGAUCACAAUGGGGCGGUGGAGCUCCACCUGCCCCUAGGCGACUUUAAGUUCACCGUAAGCCACCCAUCUUUGAAAGCCGCUGCUGUUCAAACCAUGACCGUCGACAAUUCGGCGUCGGCGUCCCAGCAUACCAUCAACGUCAAGUCCUAGGAGACGACAUCAGGCACUCUGUGGCGGAUCUUUAAUUAAUUUCUUCUUUAUUUUUCAUUCUGGUGAAUAAAUAGGUCCCAAAGAGAGAGAUAAAAGGAGAAGGAAAGGAGACGUGGCAGCAUGGCCACGUUAGUGAUUUUUUGUUCGGUGAUUUUUUUUUGUAAGCUAUAUAUAGAUAGAGAGUAGUCAUUUUUAAGUUAUUAAUUAUAUAGUUGCAAAUGCGCACGUUAAUGGUUGUCAAUAGCUUUGUCACAUCUAUAUGGAUUCCUAGUAAUACACAUAAACAUUACAGA